AUGCCAGAACUGAAUUUCAACUGGCAGCUCAUGGACUUUCCCACGGAGCAAUCUCCCCGUAGUGCAGGCCAGCAGUCGCAGCCAACCUUGUCCGCCCAGAAUAUGCGGAUGCAGCCAGUGGCCCCGCGAGUCCAGGUCCCCAACUAUCAGCUUACAGGGAGCAACGCCGCCGAUAUGGAUCGCACUCCGACCCUAAACAGAGCCCUCGGCGCCAAUGCCGCCUUUGCGCCUUUCGAGCCUGCCAAUAACCGCAACGGCUAUCCUCCCCAACUGCAGACAGCGCUGGCUUUUCCUAUGCAACGCAACGCAUCCAUCCACUCAGAGUUCAGCAUGCCCUUGCAAGAUCUUCAAGGGCAGUUGCCUCUGGCAUCCAUCUACCAUCCUCACAGCAAUGAGAGGCUCUCAUCCGUUCCGUUGAGACGGGUCAACGAGCGCUCUGUUUCUCUAAACUCCCUCGACAUUGGUAUACAUCCAGGGACAUACCUGUCUACAACGGGAAUAAGCCUGUCUCGCGAUGACAUGCCUUCCCACAACGUGCCUUCAGCCCCCCCAUCAAUGGUCUCGACAUCCUCAGUUGCUGAGGACUCGUGGCACAUGCCCAUGACUCGCGAGAAUAGUCGUGUUCAAGCCAGCCCCAACAUGCACCGAAUGCCCUCGUUCUCGUCCUUCAAAGAAGAACCACACUUGAGCCAAGGAGCAUUCGAUUAUUCUCAGCCAAGCAGCCCAAGGAAGGCGUCAGACUUGAAUAAUGAUCUCCUGGCUAUCGGCAAUGGCAUUGUCCCUUCUCUUAACCAAUACGCGUCGUUGGAGAGUCUAUUCCCUUCUUCUGCUUCGAUGGAAAGAGAGAACUCAAACAUCAGCAUCAAAAGCACAAAGUCAACAGCCUCCAAUGUUGAGCGUCGGCUCAAAGAGGCUACGGAGCGCGUCAUCCAAAAUAGCAAGGCUACUGCUAUUGCCCCUAUGCCUCAGCAGCUGCCCCCAAACGCGGCAACCUCUAUUGCCCCUAAAAAGGAGCGCGCUCUUCAAGAGGGCGACAAGAAUAAGCCGAAGCCGAAGCCUCCCAAGCUGUGCCCACACUGCGUCGAAUACCCUAAUGGUUUUCGAGGCGAUCAUGAACUUCGGCGCCAUAUCAAAGCCAAGCAUAGGCGUACCGUCAAGAAGUGGAUUUGCCGCGAUCCCGCCGAGCUUCGGAUUCCCUCCGAACUCAGGGCCCUUUAUCCGCUUGCCAAGUGUAAAGCCUGCGCGUCGGGGAAGCUAUACGGAGCAUACUACAAUGCGGCCGCCCACCUUCGGCGCACACACUUUACAGCCAAGCCUACCAGAGCAAGGGGUGCAUCUGCGGGCAGAAGGAACGGGGGCAGAGGAGGUGGCGAUUGGCCUCCAAUGAAGCAGCUUAAGCUCUGGUUUCGCGAAGUUACCGUCGAAGGUGACGAAACCAGUUCGCUUGCCGCAGCUUAUGAGUCCCCAGACAAGCGCUCCCCUUCUCUCGCUAUUGAAGAGGUGCCAUUUAUGCCCGUUGGCCAGUUGGAUGACACCGAUGCAUUUAGGGAUAUCUUUAGCCCUGACAUUGAUUUCGGUCUCAUCGACUACGAGCCUCAAUCUAUUGACGCUGCUCUGGGCCUCAACAUGAUGGUGUCUGGACUUGACAAUGACAUUGAGAUGGCUUCUUCGUCGCAAGACUCGUUGGUGGCUUCAGUUUUUCAAGACGCUUAUUGGCCUGUGCAAGAACCAUAUGGACAAUGAAGAAAACCUAAUGACUUAUUGAUGCCCCGCAUGCCAAAGUUGAUUUCAUCUGAUGAAUUGACGCAGCGCUUGUUUUCGGAUUUGAGGAAUACUUUUGGGCGGAUUUAC